GGAAUUGAAAUAUCACUUUUACCAGGGUGCGAAAGUAGCGUUGGUAAGAAAAUAUAUAAGUAACAGGUUGCGUCAAUAAAGCCUUACUUACCUAAUACAUAUAUAAAUGACAAGCCCAAGGCUUGGGUCACUUAACCACCGAGCACCAGAAGGGAAGGAAAGAGAGCUGGGAGGGGUUAUGUCCCCCUGCCUAACCCUUCUGAACUCUGGGGAAGUCGGCCCGUUGUGGAGCUGCUCCACCUCCUAGGAAGUUCGCUCUCACUUCGUACAUACAAAUCCUCGCUUAAACUGUCCGACUAAAAAGUAUAACAUCUGAUACUGAUACCACACCACCCCUUACAUCGAAAAUCGAGAUUUUAUCUGGAAAGAUGGGCGACAUUGCAGCAACCAAGUUAGAUCACGAGAAUCACCUUCUCCUCGACCAACCUCUCCUCCGCCUUCCUAUUGAGCUUCUACGGAAGAACUUCCGGUCCGCACACUUCGAAGUCGAGAAAGAUGGCACGUACAUCAAGAACACGCUGAAGGAGACGGCAACGGCAUGCGUGAACGGGGGCGCCUCGCAGGCCGAUGUGCUCAAGAACCUCGACACGAUGAUCGCCCGGGUGCGCGGCGUCAAGCGGAAACUAACCGCCUUCGCUGACGAGGAGCAGCGGCUACACCGCCACGAAGAGGCCCGCGUCCGUCACCUCAACGAGCUUUACGCCAUGUACGGCGUCGACGACGUCAAGUACGAGGCCUGGAGCCGCACCCGGCUCGACCGUCUUCUUGUCGAUUACCUCUUGCGUCACGGCUAUAACCAGAGCGCGAGGGCACUCGCUCAGGAGAAGGGCAUCGAGCCGCUCGUAGACCUCGAUACUUUCGAGCAGAUGAGCCGGAUCCGGAAGUGCAUUCUGAACCGGAGCGUCACGGAGGCGUUGGCGUGGUGUACGGCGGGAGACACGAAGAAGGAACUUCGAAAGAUGGACAGCAACCUAGAAUUCAUGCUCCGCUUCCAGCAAUACAUCGAGCUAGUCCGGGACCACUCCACCAAACCCACCGAUAUCCUCUCCUACGCGCGCAAGUUCCUGCUCCCCUACCAGCACACCUACAAGAAAGAAGUCAUGCAAGCCUGCGGCAUGCUAGCCGUGCGUCCCAGCGCCGAAACCAACGUCUACGCGGAGCUGUAUUCUCCCGACCGGUGGGAAAUGCUCGCCAACCUAUUCACAUCGACGCACAACGCCCUACUCUCCUUACCGUCCGUCCCGCUCCUCCACGUCGCGCUGAGCUCCGGGCUCUCCGCCCUAAAGACACCAGCCUGCCACUCCUCGCACCCCUCCUCCGCCGCCGGCCCCUCCCACUCGACCUCUCUGUCCCUAGCCUCCAGCGUCUGCCCCAUCUGCAGCACCGAGCUAAACGAGCUCGCCCGCAGCGUGCCCUACGCCUUCCAUAGCAAGAGCCACGUCGAGCCCGAUCUGCUCCUGCUGCCCAACGGCCGCGCCUACGGCAAAGCCCGCCUCGACGAGUACGCCCGCAAGGCCGGGUUGCUCGAGGGCCAGGUGAAAGAUCUGCGCACCGGAGAGGUGUUUGGGAACGAGCGCUUGAAGAAGGUGUAUAUUACGUGAUUGGCGGGUUUACUAGUUGGUUAGUUGGCUAGCUAGCUGGCUGGGCUAGCCGGCUACCUAAAGGGAAUGCUUUACGUACGACGUUUAAGAUACGAUAUAGAAUGGUUAUAAUGUUAAUGACGCGGCGGACCGUAUAUUCUUACCCCCUACCCUCUUACCACCUACCCUACUUUUACCUAGGCGCUUGUUCUAGUGGUGGUGGUUCUACUUCUACGUAUUUACCUAUAUACGUAGGCGGUUUUUUAUGGUCUACGAGACGGUGCCCGGUGGCAGGUACUCGUCGUUGUUAUCAUCGGCAUCGUCACUUGGGGGGAAACGGCGUAAUUCAUACAUAUAUGGAGCUUGGGAAUUUUAUUUUAUGAGUAUUGAUGAAAUUGUUGAUAUAUAUAUAUACGUGAUAUGACAUGUAUUUAUUGUACUAGAUUUGCCCCGAUUUGACGGUUUCCUAAAUGUAAGAUGAAAUAUCAAUUACGAACUAGUAUACGGUUUUUUAAAAUGUGAAACUCACCUCAGGUAGAUUUAAAGGGG